AUGGGCUUCUGUGAAGCAUGGGUGAGCUGGGUUAUGCAGUGUGUCACAACGGUGUCCUAUAACAUCAAGUUUAAUGGGGAAUCUUUACCAGAAUUUAAACCUACUCGGGGUCUUUGUCAGGGCGAUCCUUUAUCUCCGUACUUAUUCAUCAUUGUAGCAAAUGUCCUAUCUCAAAUGAUGAAGGAAGCUCUAGAAGCCGACACUCUCCAUGGUAUUAAAUUAAACAGACAUUGCCCCACCCUCUCACAUCUCUUCUUUGCAGAUGACUCAAUAUUUUUCAUGGAAGGAUCACUUUUGGAAUGUCAAAACUUGACCAAUAUACUCAACCAAUAUUGUUUCGCAUCAGGUCAAGCUAUUAAUCUGAACAAAUCUGGCAUUCAUUUUAGCAAAGAUUGUCCAGAGAGCCUUCGAAGAAAUAUGGCCUCAAUGCUUAGAGUUCCCGAAAUUACAAAAACAGGGAAAUAUUUAGGGAUUCCUUUGGACUGGGGAGCCUCGAAAAAGGACAUGUUUGCCUGGAUCCUAGCCCGAGUGAGUAAGAAGUUGGAAAGUUGGAAAGAAAAGCUACUUUCGCGAGCUGGUAAGGAAAUACUUCUAAAAUCUGUUGUGCAAGCUAUACCUCACUAUGCCAUGUCAAUCUUCAAAAUCCCCCUAUCCAUUGUUAGAGCUAUAGAAAGGAAAAUUGCUAACUUCUGGUGGAGGACUAAAAACAACUCCAAUGGUCUGCAUUGGCGAAAAUGGGAUGUUCUUAAACUUUGCAAGGCGGAAGGUGGUCUUGGCUUUAAGGACCUUAUUGCCUUUAACACUGCACUAUUGAGUAAACAGGCUUGGCGGAUCUCUCAACAACUAGACACACUAUGGAGCCAGAUUAUGAAAGGCCUUUAUUUCCCUAAUUCUGACUUUUGGAAAGCAGGUAGGGGAUCACGGCCAUCGUGGGGAUGGCAAAGCUUAAUAGCAGGGAGAGAUGCGAUUGCUCCCCAUGUUAAGUGGGUGGUGGGCAAUGGGCAGCAAAUAUCCAUUCGCAAUGAUAAAUGGCUCGCACUAGGAUCGAUUGGCGGCUGUCCGAGACCGAAUGAACCCAAUAAGGUAGCGGACCUGAUAGAUAUGGAAGCUGCCGAGUGGAAGGAAGACUUAUUGCACUCUAUGUUUAACAACACCCUGGUUGCAGAAAUUAAAGCUGUUCCUAUUGGUCUACCAAGCACAGCAGAUAGAUUGGUGUGGGAAAAUAACACAUCAAGCACUUAUACUGUAAAAAGUGGAUACAUUCAUACUAGAAAACACCAAAGGAACCAAACUGACUCCCAGCCCACAACAUCUCACCUGAUUGACCAACAUCUAUGGAAGCACAUUUGGCAAGCCAACAUACAACCAAAAAUCAAGUUCUUCCUCUGGAAUGCCUGCCACAAUGCUUUGCCUACAUUAGAGAAUCUCUAUAAAAGAAAGAUUGUACCUGCUCCAACGUGUCCACUCUGCAACCUCGAAUCGGAGACGGUCGAACAUACCUUGCUGCUCUGCCCCUGGACAUCUCACAUAUGGAAUGAACCUAACCUGCAAGUCCAAGUAAACCGAAUGGGUCUUUCACGUUUUGAUGACUGGCUGUGCAAGUAUUUAGCUCAACCAGGGAACUCACGCCGUUUGGAGCUGGUUGCGAAUGUUGUAUGGUGCAUUUGGAAGGAUCGAAACAAUUCCAUCUUUAGGAAAAGCCCCCUCAACCCUUACAAGACCAUGCUCAAUGCUAAAACGCUUCAAGAAAGCUUUACUACUUGGAAUGCGAAGUCACAAAAGAGCAAGCACAGUGAAGACUCAUCUCACAAGUGGCAACCACCGCCCCUAGGAGUCCUCAAAAUCAAUAUUGACGCUUCAUUUGACAUUGCCUACAUAGCCGACAACCCUACUGACUUUAGCCAUCAUAACCGGAGGUAUCAUAAUGACACAUCUUCAGUUUCUGUAAUGGGAUUAACUGACUCAGCUGAAAGGGCAGACAGAGACCUCACCACAACCCCUAACCAAGAGGAACGAUGCUCUGCCCGCAUGAAUAGGGACUCUAGAGCCGCAACGCCCCAAACAGACAAGAUUAGCAAUGUUCACCCCCAAUCCGAGCAAGACACAACCCCACUUUCAAAAUGCUUACCAAAGUACCUUAGAGAGGAAAGUGGACAAAUGAGCAGCGAGUCAAACAGCCACGAAACCCAGUUGCAGCUAGGUAGAGUUCGUGUGCUCGAUCGUGGCAAACUCCCUAUGGAACAUAGUCCAUCGGCUGCCUUGCCUCAAGAUCCUGAUCUGCAAAUCCGUAUGAUGGAACCAAACCCAUGCCGCGACCUCCCUCCCCUGCAUAAUGACGAAAGCUUGGGUACAUCUCUAAACCGCAACUCUACAAUCAGAACAAGCAUCUUUGCCGCCCCGAGUUUGCAGCAACGCAACAGACAAAACCAACAAUCUUCUCAUCACAUGUCCAGCAUCUUAGCAGAGAGGAAUGUGGAUAGAUCUAACCCUGGAAAGUAA